CCGGCUGGGAAGCGGUGAUGGUGACCGACAGUCGAUCGUGGAGCGCGGACAGAUAGACACUGUUGUCAACGGUCCUGAGAGUCUUGCAGCCAUGACUUGCAUCCACGCCCAGCAUGGAUCUCAGCCCUACGAGAACAGCCUCGGCAGCUCGGAGCUUCACAGCACAGACUUCAUCUCCAGGUUGGCGGUGGACAUGAGUGGCCCAGGGGACCACCUCUCUGCACCGUCCCUGCCAAGCAUCAGCUCGCUGGUGGGCACUCCGGCCUCGGGCGACUUCGACGCCUAUUCGUGCCAAUUCACUGCCGCCCACGCCGCUCCGUCGUCAGGCCAGGAGACCACCUUAAAGCUGGAUGACCUCCAGGUUUACGGCUGCUACCCUGGAGCGUUCACGCUGAGCUACCCGGACGAGGUCCUCUCCCCCGGCGGGUCCGACUGUUUUGGCAGCUCCACGUCGGCCUCGUCUCCUUCGACCCCUGGGUUCCAGGGUCAGCAGGCAUCCACCUGGGAUUUAGCCUUUGGCUCAUUCUCACCCAGUCCCCGAUACUGGGCAGUUGAGGAGACCUCAGUGCCGCACGCACCCUCUUUCUUCACAUUUGGCCCCGGGUCUUUGGAGGAUUUGGGUCAAUCACAUUUACGAGAUCAGGACCUUUUCGCUUUGCCCCACCCUCACCACUCUGCACUGAGCUUCCCUGCCCUGUCGAUGGAACAGGCAAGUAGCCUUGACGACAGGGACCAGCUGGACGUAAGCUUAUCACCAAAGUUAAAAAGCCCAAGUGGAAACGAGGGCUGCUGCGCUGUGUGCGGCGACAACGCCUCCUGUCAGCACUACGGGGUUCGCACCUGUGAGGGAUGCAAAGGGUUUUUCAAGCGCACUGUGCAAAAAAAUUCAAAAUACGUUUGCCUGGCCAACAAGGACUGUCCUGUUGACAAGAGGAGGCGGAAUAGAUGCCAGUUCUGCCGUUUCCAGAAGUGCCUGGCUGUGGGCAUGGUCAGGGAAGUCGUGAGAACGGACAGUCUCAAAGGACGGAGAGGUCGCCUGCCUUCCAAGCCCAAAGUCGUCCAGGAUGUGACGACCGCGGUGUCUCCGGUGAGCAUGAUUGCUUCACUUGUGAGGGCGCACAUCGACUCCAACCCUGACAUUGGGAAGCUUGAUUAUUCCAAGUAUGAGGAGACGGAGGUCAGCCCGAACCAGAAAGAGGACGCCAGUGACAUCAAACAGUUUUAUGACCUUCUCACGGCCUCCAUGGAGGUGAUCAGGAAGUGGGCGAAGAGCAUCCCAGGUUUCUCCGAGUUCUGCUCAGAAGACCAGGAACUGCUGCUGGACUCUGCAUUUGUUGAACUCUUCAUCCUCCGUCUUGCGUAUCGGUCCAAUCCUGAAAAGGACAAGCUCAUCUUCUGCAACGGGUCUGUGCUUCACAAAAUGCAGUGUGUCCGAGGUUUUGGCAACUGGAUUGACUCCAUCUUGGACUUUUCUCAAAGCCUCCAUCGCAUUAAGCUUGACGUUUCCUCCUUCUCCUGUCUCACGGCCCUCGUCAUAAUCACUGACCGACAUGGCCUUCAGGAGCCAAAACGGGUGGAGGACCUGCAGAACCAGCUCAUCACCUGCCUGAAGGAUCACGUCUCCGGCUGCGGCUCCGACUCGUUGCGGCCCAAUUAUUUGUCCAGACUCCUUGGGAAGCUGCCGGAGCUUAGGACUCUGUGCACUCAGGGCCUCCAGCGAAUCUUUUACCUGAAAUUAGCAGAUCUUGUUCCUCCACCACCUAUUGUGGACAAAAUCUUCAUGGACACGCUCCCGUUUUGAGUGUCCGGCUGGAGAGUGGCCACCUGCGGGAUGACAUCUGGAGUUUUGGUUUUGAGAGCCAAAGAGAACAGACUUGAGUGCUCGUACUUCAGGUAGUGUGAAGAGAAACUGCAAUAGGUAAGGAAGUAAGAGUAAUCCUGAGGGAUUAUGCCGCUACACAGGAGAAGGGCUACUACUCGAUUGUAAAGUGAAUGUGUUUUGGAUGCAACUUGUAUUUGGGGGGGCAUCAAACAGUGCCCUCACUAGUUUGGCGUCCCAGGACAUUUGUGUGCUCCCCUGAUGGAAGUCAAAAGGCCAGCUCAUGGACCAAAGGACGACUGUUUACGUACAACACAGUGCCAUUAAUGGAAGCAUCUCUGACGGAGGGAAGAUGACUGCACUUUCUCAAAACCUUGCAAACUGAAUAAAACACAUCUACGCCUUCAUUUCAAGGACGUGGAGGUUUCUGUUUGCAAUUUGGGUGACUGUAAACUGCACUUAAAAUAUGUACAAAAGAGCAUUAUUGUGACUAUUUUAGUUUUAAGUGUUAAAAAAAAAGAAAUCCGUUUCAGUCAAAUAUACUUUCUGAUGCUGUGACUCUACACGCAUCUGAAAUAUGAAUCACUCAGAGCUCCUGAUUGGUUUAUAUUUAACACUGCCUUACUGUAUAUUUGUUGAUUUAAAAAAGGAAAAAGACAUAAGUAGGUUAAACCUUUAGACAUAAUCGAGUAGUAUAUCAUUCAUGUAUCAUGAAUAGACAUUGAGCAGCUAACACACUGUGUAAAAACAGUGUAAAAAGUAUUUUGAAUCUGUUUUGAGCCUGUUCAUGUGUUAUUGUCACGUGACCUGUGUUCUGCGUUAUGUUAUUUUGCUUAUUGUUUUUACAUUCUAAGAAGUUAUAUUCACUGCAGCGAAACAUUCAUUAAAUGUGGAACUGGAAAUUUCAA